AGUUUAACGGCGGAAAUGAGGUAGAUGAGAUUAUCUGUUGUGACCGCUAGUUUCUACUGGCAACACUUAAAAGUCGCUGUCAACACAUCCAACAUGGCGGACGGGGAUUCCUGGGAUGCUGACAGUUUUGAUCCAGAUGAGCCGAUAAAAAAGGUGUCAGUACAUGAUAAAUGGGAAGGGGAGGAUGAAGAGGAGGAUGUUAAGGAUAAUUGGGAUGAUGAGGAAGAGGAAGAAGAGAAGUCUGCCGAGAAACUAACAGAGGCGCCAUCUACUGAGAAGAAGAAACUCAAUGACAAAAUUAAAGAGAAGGAGAACUUGCAAAGAAAAAAACAGGAGGAACUUCAGAAAAGGAUAGAGGAGGAGUCAGACGAGUCUUCAGAGGUUAAGUCAGAGGACAAGUCAGAGGACAAGCCAGAGGACGAGAUCGCAGAAAAAAUACACUUGAAGAAGCUUCAGGAGGACUCAGACUUGGAGUUGGCUAAUGACACAUUUGGUGUUGUCAGUAACCAUGUAACAGGCAUCGAUGCCAUUAACCCCUCCUCCAAAGAUGAUUUCACAGAGUUUGAGAAGCUGCUGAAAGACAAGAUCAUGCCCUAUGAGAAGUCCAUACAUUACAGCAGCUUUCUAGAGUCUCUGUUCAGGAACGUGUGUCUCUCAUUGGAGGUGGAGGACUUGAAGAAGAUCAACACCUCUCUCACUGUGCUCCUCAGCGAGAAACAGAAGCAGGAGAAGCAGAACAAAGGCAAGAAGAAGAAGAAGGGUAUUGUGCCAGCCGGCGGUCUCAAGGCUAAGAUGAAGGACGACCUGGAUGAUUACGGCGAGUUUGAUGGCGGUUACACACAAGACUACGAAGACUUCAUGUGACCCAGGCUCCAUGACUCCUCACCCUUCCCUGCCCUUUGACCCAUGACCUCUACAUGACCUGCGCCCCAGCCCAUCAGUCUUAGCUUGAGCUGCGCUAGAGCAACCAACCAUCCAACCAACCACACAUCUCUCCACCCACGAGGCUUUGCGCUCCAUGUGUCCUGUGAGGGGAAGGCUGCAUGCUCUAGACCGAGGUUGGCUGGGUGUCCCCCCCCCCCACCCCCCUCUGGGCCUCCGGGGGGUUCUUCCUCUGGAUGCUCCCCAGGAUGGUUCCCAUAAGGACGGAGGAGAGUGGACUUGAGCAGUCGGAGGGAUGGCGAAUGCUGAGGAGCGCUGUAGCAAGCUAACGCAUCACAUCCCUGCAGUGACCACCAACCACAGCAAAGAAGACUGCCAGCCGGGUCAUGGGUCUCGCUGACGGACGGACAUCUGCUACUACUUGGAGGGGAAAUUGACAGACUAUGCAAGUAGAUCCCGAGUAAACCUACAUUUGUGUUGCGUUGUGUCUGACUUACCUCAUGGAUUGUAGUUUGUCGUUCUUUUAAAUGUCACUGAGCUGCUCGUCUGGUAGGGAAAACAAGCCAAUAACUGUUGGCUUUUUAGAUAUUCUAAUUAGACUUUGGUUUUCACAUUAGCACGUAUGUAGUCAUAUACAGUUGAUAAAAACAACUGGUUUAUAUGUGCACUCGGGAGUUUUCUGUCUAUUCAGUGUUUGCUUUCCAAUAUGUGAUUUCACUGCACAUAGUGAAGUGCUGAAUUUGUUACUUUCUUGUGAAAUUCUGAAAAGUUAUCAAAACUGUGAUGAGAUUUGAGGUGGAACAUCUGCUAACUUUGUUGUUUUGCAGGAACAAUCAGUUUUAGCUGCUCUGAAACUUAAUUUAUUAAUUAAUGUAUUAAUUCACUCCAUGCAUCCAGCAGAUCCAGAGUGCUUUGCUAAAAGAGAAGGCAUUUGGCUUUUUAACAAGAUAAAAUAAAUGGGAUUGGAUUCAGGACCUCAAACGACUAUAGUGUUCUCUUAAAAAUAUGUAUUAAACGUACUCUUGAAAUGCC